UACGAGGACUUGACUGUCCAACUGUCAUUUGACGCCGCAAAUCAGCCUGGAAGUUAGCAUUAGCAUUAGCAGGGUACGUCGUUGUCGCGAUGGCAGCAUCGAGUCAGCAUGGGCGACACUGAACGGGACGACGCAGCCGCGGAGGCCGAGCAGAGGCCACUGAGUAGCGGGGAUGAGCAGCUGGACGAGGCGCUGCGGCGCUGGAUGCGCUGGGACAAGAACGAGUGGACGCGGGCUCAGGCGGUGGGCUUGCUUGGGUCGGCGGGCGUGUCCGAGCUGCGGCGUCGAUUCUGCUCCACGUUGACUUUUGGCACCGCUGGACUGAGAGCACCGAUGGGGGCGGGGUUUAACUGCAUCAACGACCUCACCGUCGUCCAGUCCACACAGGGGCUCUGCGCCUACCUGCUCAGCUGUGUUCCAGACGCAGGGCGCAGAGGGGUAGUGGUGGGCUUCGACACCAGGGGGCAGCCUGAGAGCGGAUGCAGCAGUCAGCGGCUGGCGUCGUUGGCGGCGGCCGUGAUGCUGAGCAGAGACGUCUGCGUGCGUCUCUUCUCCAGCUACGUGCCAACGCCGUACGUGCCCUUUGCCGUCAAGGAGCUGGGCGCGGCGGCAGGUGUGAUGAUCACUGCGUCUCACAAUCCCAAAGAGGACAACGGCUACAAGGUGUACUGGUGUAACGGCGCUCAGGUGACGGCCCCUCACGACGCCGCCAUCAUGGCGAGCGUGAAGGAGCAUCAGGAGCCCUGGAGUGCCGCCUGCUGGGACGUCACACUGGCUCAGCGCAGCCCGCUGAGGAGCGACCCGCUGAGGCAUGUGGAUGCCGCCUACAUGUGCGCUGUUGCCAGCCUCUGCUGCAACAGGGAGGCGAAUAGGAGAUGUCCGCUCAAGUUUGUACACUCGUCUUUCCACGGUGUCGCUCACGACUUCGUCCAGCGAGCCUUCGCCACCUUCGGGUUCCAUCCGCCGCCAAUUCCUGUCCCCGAGCAGAAAGACCCCGAUCCGCAAUUCCCGACCGUGCAUGUUCCCAACCCCGAGGAGGGCCGCUCUGUCCUGGAGCUGUCUUUUCGUCUGGCCGAGCGGGAGAACGCCACCGUGGUCCUGGCGACCGAUCCCGAUGCAGACCGUCUGGCGGUGGCGGAGCUGAGCGACGGCCGCGAGUGGAAGGUGUUUUCGGGAAACGAGCUGGCAGCGUUGCUCUCGUGGUGGAUGUUGUUGGCGUGGAAGCGAACGUGUGGCGACCGCGGCCGCCUGCGGGACGUCUACAUGCUCACCACCGCCGUCUCCUCCAGGAUCCUCCACGCGCUCGCCCGCCAUGAAGGGUUCCACGUGGAGGAAACCCUUCCCGGCUUCAAGUGGAUCGGGAACAGAAUUCAGGAGCUCACCGCAGACGGAAAGACCGUCUUGUUCGCCUUCGAGGAGUCCAUUGGCUUCUUGUGCGGCAGUGUGAUUCCCGAGAAGGACGGCGUGAGCACGGCCGCUGUGGUGGCCGAGAUGGCUGCCUACCUCCAUGACAGGAAGCUCAGCCUCCAGCAGCAGCUGCACAACAUAUACCACAUGUAUGGCUGCCACGUGUCGCUGACGUCUUACGUUAUGUGCAACGACGCCGUCGCCAUCCGCCGCAUCUUCGCCAGCAUCCGAGACUUCGGCGGCGCUGGUUCGUAUGCCGACGCGUGCGGCGGCGUACGCGUCGUCCACGUGAGAGACGUCAACACGGGAUACGACAGCAGUCAGGACGACUGCCGCUCGGUGCUUCCCGUAAGCAGGAGUGGUCACAUGAUCACCUUCACACUGGAAAACGGCAUCGUGGCCACGCUGAGGACGAGCGGCACCGAACCCAAAAUCAAAAUCUACACAGAACUGUGCACCGCGCCCGGAAUCAGUGAGGUGUCUCGCCUGGAGGCAGAGCUUCGGAAGGUGACGGAGGCGCUACUGGAUGACUUCCUGGAGCCAGAAAAAAACAACUUGAUUCGCCGUGCUGUCUAGCAAGUACUUAAGAAUCUAAUGGCAAAGCUUGACGUUGCUAUGGUGAUGGUGACAAAUCCAAAGUGAAUGUUUACAUGCGUGAAGCGUGAAAAGAUUAUUAUACCUUUAUUUAUUUUUCUAAUGUUUCUGCUUCCCAUGUUCACAAAUGUUUAGUGUUCCGCAAUAAAGCUGGAAAAGUUCAGAAACUAAAA